GUGAGUAAGAAGCAUUCGUCGUGAACGGACGUUAUCUUAGACCGAGAGUUCGUGUGUGUUGUGGCGCAGUGGAGAAUUCUGUCUCGAGAGUGAGCGAAAGUUUUUUUUUUCUUUCUGAUUUUUGAUGUGUGAUCGGUUGUUAGGAAAACUCUCGCACUAGCACAGUUGUUGAAAUAGUGGAGUCGAGUCGGUCGGUAAUCGGAAAAAUCGUGAAAAUCCUCACACAGGAUUGUCAGAGCCGCAGGAAUACCUACUACGUGUAUGUGGAGGUGCUAGUGUGCGUUCGGCGUCAAAAGGGGAGCAGAUUUUUUGCUCCGUGGAGGAGCUGAAACGCGCGAUUGAUAGUUUUUAAUUCGCGUAUCGGUUGUUUUCCGACUUUUUUCCGGUCAGUUGUUGAUCCCAAGUGUGUGACACAUAGUAUCUACGGUGUUUGACGUAGAGUGUGGAAAAUCUGCUCCGGUAACUCGAUUGAUGCGCAAAAACAAGCAAAAAAAUAAGUUUUCGUUUUCUCGUUUCUGGUCCAGUGCCAGUGAGUGUGUGCGGAUUUCGGAGCCGAUGUCGAGAUCAUCAGAGGAAAAACUGAUUCAGAAGUGAAGUGAAAUAACUCUUGCAACUUGCAGAAGUAGCAGCAGCAGCAGCAUCAGGAGCAUUAGCAGUGGUAGUGAAGUGUGGAAAACAGCGACUACGACGAAGACGCCCGCGCGAGGAAGAAACCCGAACCGAAUGAGCGAAUAAUAUUCGCCGCGCUCUUUUUUUUCGAGUCAGUGGAUCUGUGCAGAUCAGACGAAGAAAGAGAUUAUAAUAAUGAUGGAAAAAUUAAAAUAAAAUGAAAUUAUGAUAAUGGUUCGGAAGAGUGUGAGGUGAAGAGAGCGUUGUUAGGGAAGUUAAGGCUGACGAAAAAAUACAAACGAAAGAAACACCGAGUGAGCCAAGUGUCUGUGGUGCGAUGAGCAAGGUGUGCAAGAGUGGUGCAGAUUUGUGCAGUUGACGAGGUGCAGGAGCAUCGAGGAGAACGCAGCUUAAAAUCCUAUUAGGGAGAGAGAGCGAGUGUGCAGUGCAUCGCGCGGGGGCCGCUCCAGGAGAGUUGAGUUCGGAGCAAGGGGUUUGUGAUCAACCACCGGAGGUUCUAAGCACGCUAUCAGUGCAGCAGACGGACGGCUGCUGGCUGAGACUGACUAAACUAACGGCAAAGGAAGGCACAGUGAAGCGAAAAUAAAUAAUUUUACGAUCAUUUGUGUGUGCGUCAAGGGCUUCGUCGUCGGCUGAACCCUUGGUCCCUUAUCUGGAUCUGGACGCAGAUUUCCCGAGAGUGGUGAAGUUCGUAGCGCAGCCAAGUAAUAAAAGUGCACCACGGACUGGGCUGUAUUGUUUGUAUAAAAAUAGUUAUCAUAAAAUUAAAUAUUAAUAAAGAGCCCCUCCGACGCAGAACAAGUGAACAUUCGGGUUAAAUGAGUGUGGGAGAGGAUUGGCGUAAAGAAGUGCCGAAGAGCGAGCGAAAAUAGGUGCAGAAAUAAAUUGUGCGAGGUUAUGAUUCCAUGUGUAUAAUUUUUGAUAAUAAAUUUUUAUUGAGAAAUAUUGUAUUGUAAUCAAAUUCAGAUCGCAUAAUUGAAGCACUCGUGGAGGAGCUUUAUGACUGUUCGCUUGCUGGUGCGUAAUUGUGUGAACCCAUAACGACGCGGUGAGAGAGAGAAGAAAGAGCAAAAAGGCCAUAAAGCAAAUAACGAAUUAAACAGAUUAAUUAUCGAGUGCUUGGCUAGAAUCUGAUUAGUGCGAAACGAAGAGAGGGCUUUUGCAGUGCGGCGUGCCGGUAUCGUGUAAUUAUCCAAUAAGCCACACGAACGCAGUCGAAGGCGGCACCGGCACCCAUCACCCGCAACGGAACACUUUCGAACCCAGAACCGCCAGGAGCAAAAAACCGCGAAAAUUUCCGCCCUACUCGACGCCCGCACGGUUCCACAAAAAUUCUGCAAACUGGAACCAUAUGACGUAAGCACGAUGUACGCGUACGCGCAGGGUGGGUCGCAAGGUCCGCCACACUACGCUACGCCUAGUCAAGCGUACCUGCCGGCCAGUCACCACCCGGCGUACCCGCCGUAUCAUCCGGGUCCGUCGACACCGCCGGCGACCAUCACCUCGUACAACAAUGUGGCCGGUCCAUCGUCCCUGCUGGGGCACCAUUACGCUUCGCCGCAUCACAUGCCACCGCCACCGCCGCCCAUAGGAUCGACGGCGCAUGGUUCGUCGGCGGCGGCAGCGGCCGCGGCAGCAGCAGCAGCCGCCGCAGCAGCCGCGGCGGCCGGUGUCAGCCCGAUGCAGACGGACGCGCAACUGACGGAGCUGAACGCGCAGCUGGGGAUACCUAAACGGAGAAGAUCUGAUGAGGAUAGUGCUAGUGGUAACAAAUACAACAGAAUGGAAGAAGACAACGUUCAAGAGAAGGAGCGAUUCGCCAGCCGGGAAAACCACUGCGAGAUCGAACGGCGGAGGCGAAACAAAAUGACCGCCUACAUCACCGAGCUGUCGGAUAUGGUGCCGACGUGCAGCGCCCUCGCGCGCAAGCCGGACAAACUGACGAUCCUGCGGAUGGCGGUGGCGCACAUGAAGGCAUUACGAGGGACCGGAAAUACCAAUACCGAUGGAUCCUACAAGCCUUCGUUUCUAACGGACCAGGAGCUCAAGCACCUGAUUCUGGAAGCUGCAGACGGAUUUCUGUUUGUGGCUGGCUGUGAUACGGGCCGUAUAAUCUACGUGUCCGACUCGGUGACACCGGUGCUGAACUACACCCAAAACGAGUGGUACAGCGGGAGCUUCUUCGAUCACAUCCACCCGGACGACAUCGAGAAGGUGCGGGAGCAGCUCUCGACGCAGGAACCCUCCAACAGCGGCCGGAUAUUGGAUCUCAAGACGGGCACCGUCAAGAAGGAAGGACACCAAUCAUCAAUGAGAUUAUGUAUGGGUUCGAGGCGAGGCUUUAUCUGUCGGAUGCGAAUCGGUCCCCUGACGCCGGAAUCGAUGGCCCUCGGCCAUCUGAAUCGGUUACGGCGGAAAAACUCGUUAGGUCCCUCCCCCGACGGUCACAACUACGCGGUCAUGCACUGUACCGGCUAUAUCAAGAACUGGCCUCCAACUGAUAUGUUUCCAGGCGUCACGAUCGAUCGGGGCCAGGACGACGACCUGCACAACACCCACUGCUGCCUGGUGGCGAUAGCGCGGCUUCAGAUUACCUCCUCGACCACGGCCAACGACCUGAACGCAAACAACCCGAACGAGUUCAUCUCGCGGCACGCCAUGUGCGGGAAGUUCACUUUUGUGGACCAACGGGUGAUCGGCGUUCUCGGCUACCAACCGGUGGAUCUGCUCAACAAGAGCUGCUACGACUUUUUCCACCCGGACGACAUAGCGCACAUGAAGGAGAACUUUGAACAGGUGCUGAAGCAGAAGGGACAGAUGUUCUCGGUGAUGUACAGGUUCCGGGCGAAAAACAAAGAAUGGGUGUGGAUGAGGACGCAAGCGUACGCCUUUCUCAAUCCUUACACGGACGACAUUGAGUACGUAGUGUGUACCAACAGUUCGGCAAAAUCCCUCCAUUCGACGCACGACGCCGUGGGGGCGGCCGAUCCGGCCGACACGCCUGUCUCCUACCAGGCCCCCGGGCUGGACUACUCGAUGCCAAGCCGGCGCGAAACGACGCCCUCUAGUAGUAUAUACAAUCCUCACAAUUUGAUUUCACACUUGCCAUCACAACAACAACCGCCAUCAGCAGCGACAGCCGCGGCCGCCGUGGUAGCGAACGCCUCGCUCCAACGGCCCGACAGUGCGCACAACCCGGUGCAAUAUAGCUAUAAUCCAACGCCUUCUCCUAUCCAAUACGGUUCUCCCGGAACGCCCGGAGCAUCCGGUUCGCUGGGACACAUCUCCAAAACUAACAACACCUCGCCAACGCCUGCAGCGACCGCAUGGUCACUACGACAGCCCCAACCCGUUACCGAAGGUUACCAGUACAGUGAGCUCAGCCCGAACCGGUCGCCGACGGGGCCCACGUACACGCAGCUCAGUGCGACCGGAUCCCGGCAAACGUCGACGUACACGCCAUCCUCCGCCCAGCCUGGUUCGGGUCUCUGGACCGGUUGGCAGGCGCACCACCCGGCCGCCCCGGAACCCAUGCAAACCAGCAGUAGUAGCGCUAGUGGGGCCGGCGGAGGCGGUAGCAGUAGCAAUAGUUCCGCCAGUACCGCCCCGCCACACCUCUCGCAGCAGGACAUUCCGCCGGAGCAUGCACAGCACAUGCAGCAGCACCACGCGGCGCUACAGCAUAGCCACGCUCAGCAGCACCACGGGCACCAUCCGGGCCACCCGCAGCACCAUCCCCAUCAUCCGCACCAUGCGGUAGCGGCGGCACACCAGGUGCAUCACCCGGGACACCAUCCGGGCCAGCACCACCCCGGCCAGGGGCACGAACUGUCCGACAUGCUGCAGAUGCUGGACCAGAGCGGGGCCACCUCGUUCGAGGAUCUGAACAUCCACAUGUUCAACACGCCAUUCGAAUGAAAUUUGUUGUACUAUGGUUAUAACAACUAUAACCAGACGGCAGCGGCGGCGGCAUCCUACCACAGCGGGAGCGGCAGCGGCGGUGGAGGCGGAAGCGGAAACGGACUGGGUGCUGCAAGCGGGCUCGGUAACGGAGGGUUGGGGGGAGGUGGGUUUGUCGGGGGCCUCGGCGGAAUCACUAAUGGGAAUCACCACGGGGUCACGGCGACGGCUGCUGCCGGUGGUCUGGCCGGCUUCGGGGGCUAUCUCAAUGAACAAAUGUAAAUAGCAGAAGUAUAGUAGUGUUCUGUGCGCGAAGCGGGAUCUUUUGUUUUGCGGGAAGGAAGCGUCCUCGUCCACGAGAUUUAUACAUAGUAGCUUGUAAACGGCAGCGAUUAGGAGAACUUUAAUUUAUUUGUUAAAUUAAAAUGUUAGGGGGGUUCUAGAAAAUCAGGUCGCCUGUUGCUGAAAAUCUUUGAUUUUUUUCUUUACCUUACCUUUACUGAAUCUUUAAUUUGAAAUUGGAAAGUCAUACUAGAAUUAAAGAUGGGUAAUUUCAUCUGUGAACUCUUCCACAAAUGCGUUCUGGGGAUUUUUACAGAAUGCCAUUCUUUCAAGAUUUUUGCUGGGGAAUUCUCUGAGGAAUCUCCCUCUUGGAUUUUUUUCAAAAAGGGUUUUUUUUUUCAGGAAUUUCUUUUACAGAUUCUUCCAUAUUUAUGAACUACUUCUGGUGUUUUCUCCAGGAAUUGUAUCAGAUGUUGAUUUAGUGAUUCCUACAACAGUUUUAGUCUUGAAUACCCCCAAGAAUUCUUUUUGGGGAUCAAUCCAGGAACAUUAGGAAGAUUUCCAAAAGAAACUCCCGAGAGAAUUUGUCAAAUGAACUCUCAGUAGGAAAUCCUGGAGAAUUUUGAAAAAAAAAAUAUUCUGUAGGGCCUGUAAUCCAGCUUCUCUUAAUUGAAUUCAAUGACGCAUUUAUGGAUGGGUUCUAGAAGGAACUCUUGCAGGAAUUCCAAAAAGGGUUCCGGUAGAAAUCUGUGGAGUAAAUUCAUAAGAAACUA